AUGAGAUCUAAUUUAUUUUCCAUUUUGAACCACACUUUUUGGCAAAUAAUUUUAUCCACAAAAAAUGCGUGUGUACAGUUGCUAAGCCUGAUAUCUGUUCCAAACAUCCUUCAACUUACCUUCCCAGCACCUUAUCCAACAGCUCCUUCAAUUUACCUUCCCACCACCUUAUCCAACAGCUCCUUCAACUUACCUUCCCACCAUCUUAUCCAACAGCUCCUUCAAUUUACCUUCCCACCACCUUAUCCAACAGAUCCUUCAAUUUAUUUCCCCCCAUUUCUUCAUCUCCGCUUAAUUUAUCAGCAAUUUAUUUUAUCCAUAAAACAAAAAAAAUGCGCAUUCCACUGUCAGAAAAAAAUACGGGCACUAAACAAUCACAGAUGCACAAACAACACAAGCCAUUAA